GUAACUCACUGACUGCGUGAGUUCAGUUGUCACUCAGAAGACGAUAGCAUGAAAGUAACCUUAGCAUGCGUUACAUUGAUUAAUUGACUACGGAAAUAAGCACAAAGAGGUGACUUAAAGUAGGCGUAGUUCACAAGUGGCAGUCAAAGUAAUAAAACGCAGAGUGUGAGAAAAAUCAGUUCUACUAACAGUAAAAUGUGGGUUAACUUUAAAACUUGUUAGCUAUCGCAAGCCCCUAGAAAAAAAAAGUCGAGUGGCUAAAGCUAAUGCACAGCCAUAGGGUAACUGCACUAGGUUAACCGGGCUGUUCAGUGACUGAGGUUACACCGCUUCGCUGUUUUUUUGGCGUUAGCAUUAUAGUCCCGAGCUAGUGUCGGUCGCUAACACUGACAUUAGUCCUAUAUUGCUAGUUUGGAAACCAGUUGUGUUGGUGGGCAGGAUAAUGUUAGCAAGCUACUGCAGGCGGCGUUAGCUUUAGCAAAACAAGUGCUUUGAGUCAGCUGACUGCCUGCUGAAAGCUGCCAACAGACCAGUGAUGGAUCAACUGAAAGUAAAGGAUCGUAUAUUGGAAAAUAUCUCAUUUUCUGUUAAGAAGCUGCAGAGUUACUUUGCUGCCUGCGAGGAUGAAACUCCAGCUAUUCGGAAUCACGACCGGGUACUGCAACGGCUCUGUGAACACCUUGACCACGCUCUGCUAUAUGGGCUGCAAGACAUUUCUUCAGGCUACUGGGUGCUGGUCCUUCACUUCACUAGAAGAGAGGCUGUGCGGCAGAUAGAUGAGCUUCAGCACAUAGCAACCAACCUUGGUCGAAGUCGUGCAUGGCUAUACCUGGCACUGAGCGAGAGCUCUUUAGAGAGCUAUCUUCGGCUCUUUCAGGAGAACCAAGCACUGCUGCAUAAGUAUUAUUUCAAGAACGCACUGGUCUGCAGUCAUGACCACCUCACACUCUUUCUCACACUGGUGUCCGGCCUGGAGUUCAUUCGCUUCGAUCUGGAGCUGGAUGUGCCCUAUCUAGAUGUGGCCCCCUACAUGCCAGAAUACUACAAACCACAGAACCUGCUGGACUUUGAGGAAAGACUGCCCAGCUCAGACAGCCUGUCUCUGCACUCCUUCACCUCCCUCACCUCCACCAACCUGGAGUGGGAUGAUAGUGCCAUAGCUCCUUCUAGUGAAGAUUAUGAUUUUGGUGACAUCUUCCCCGUGUUGCAGUCAUUGCCAAGUGCAGACUGGGAAGAGGGUGACCUGACUGACCAGGCAAGCUGCCCACGAUCCAGUGGCUCUGAUCCACAGACGGUCAUAAGCGACACUGUGGUGCUUUCUACCACUGUGAGGGUGAAGCUACCGCCUGUGUCUCCUCACAGCCCCACAUUCAGACACAACCCGUUCAACGAGGACUCGGACACCAAUACCUCAGCUGACGUCACACCAGUUCAUGUGCCUAGCCGCCACAGUAGCACCACCACAGGGGAUGACACGGAGAUCAACAGCAAUGAGCUUGAGGUUAUUAGGAUGGCAAAACGAAGGAAACCAACAAAGAAGAGACGUGGAAAGAGCUUUACAGAUUCCAUCAGCAGCACCCAUAACUCCAUCUCCUCUGAACAAGUGGAAAUGGAAAGUAGCAUCACUUCAGUAGAUGCUGAUUUAGUUAACUGCUCUAUAGUGAAGCUGUAUGAUGAAGGAGAGUUGAGGAGAAGCCGGCUUGGAUCAGAGGUUCUGGAUGAAGGACGUGAUGAUGGAACAGGCCUGCGACUCCCAGAGAUGGCAGACACCUCCAUGGACAGCUUGGGCCAACCGCUUUGUGACGUCAUUGACCAGCUCAAUGGGACUCUGGAUCGAGAGGACACCUGGGAACAUCCAGAGGAGGACAAAAAUAGCAAAUGCUCUUAUCGGAGCUCCGAGCCUCCUGCACAGCAGCCCUUUCGUAAGGAUUCAGGGGGUAAACCACCUGAUCCGGCCCCAGGAGAGACCUCUUGCUCCCCUCUGGCCAAAAGCCCCGGCUUCCUGCCGACCUCUCCUGUUCCUGCAGACGUUUGCUGCUUUACCCCCAACAGUCCAGACUCUGCUCCCACGCGUGGUAGCCACCAUGACUCUACAGAGCUUAGCCAGUCACAAACUUUUUCAGGUGGCCUUGAAGAUGAAAGAGAAGCAGAAGCGAUUGCAGGACAAGAACCCGUCAUGAAGGAGGAGGAAGACGCACAAACAGACAAAGAGACUUUUAAAGCCGAAGACACAAAACAAGUAUUACAAGAGGAGAAACUUAGUCCCUCUGAAAGUUCUCAUCCUGCAGAGUUUAAGGUGGACAACAAUCACUUGCUGCUGCUUAUGAUUCAUGUGUUCAGAGAAAAUGAGGAGCAGCUCUUCAAGAUGGUGAGGAUGAGCACAGGUCACAUGGAGGGGGACCUCCAGCCUCUUUAUCUGCUGCUGACUGACUGUUACAUCUACCUGCUUAGAAAGGGUGCAGCAGAGAAGCCCUACACAGUAGAAGAUGCUGUUUCUUAUAACGAGCUGGACUACAUAUCAGUGGGCCUCGACCAGCAGACAGUAACUCUGGUUUGCACCAACAGACGAAGAAAAUUCCUGUUGGACACAGCUGACACCUCGCUGACAAGUUGGUUCCUGACUAGUCUCAAGUCAGCUAUGGUAAAAGGAUGUCGAGAGCCUCCGUACCCCUCAGUUCUGACAGACGCCACCAUGGAAAAACUGGCGCUCACCAAAUUUGUCUCCCAGGAGUCUCACUCCGAGGUAUCUGAAGUGUCUAUUAAACUGUAUUCACUGGUUCACUGGGAGGAUCCUAUGGACAUGACUUUAUCUCCCCAAGGUGGUCCACCAAAUCUUGGAGGAAUUUCCAGCACAAAAGAAGGGUCUCUGCAGUAUCGGUCUGGAACUACAUACCUGGGUAAAGAGCAGUGGAAGAGCUGCUACCUCGUUCUCAGUAAUGGGAUUCUGUACCUGUAUGCAGAAAGAACAGAUGUGACCCCCUUGCUCUCAGUCACCAUGGGAGGAGAGCACUGUGGAGGCUGCCGUCGCUCAAACAACACAGAACGUCCACAUGCUUUCCAAGUCAUCCUGACAGAGCGCCCUCCGCUGGUGCUCAGUGCAAACAACGAGCAGGACAUGGCUGAAUGGAUGCAGUUACUCUGCCAGUCUGUGUCUAAAGGGGUCAUUCCUCAGGGUGUCUCCCCCACCCCGUGUAUCCCAUGUUGUCUCGUGGUGACAGACAAGAAGCUGCUGACUUGCCAUCAGGACUGCCAGACGAGUUUCUUUCGUUCACUGGGCAGCGCUGACAUCUGUGAUGUCAUCGCUGUCAGCCUGGAGGCAGACAUGGCGUACUGUGUUAUUGAGUUUGCAGCUGAUCGGGCACAGUUCCUCCCGCCCUGGGUUUUGUACUUCAACGGCUGUGGAGAAAGAGAUCGAUUGCUGCAGGCUUUGGACGACGCAUGGAAGGCCAUUUUUCAGGUUGAGCUUCCUCACAGAGACGUUUCUGAUCCAUUGGUGCAGAAACGCUGCGGCGAGGCACUCGAACUGAUGAAGAGCGCCUGGCAGAGAGCCGACAGUCUGGCUCGAGGCAGAGCCCAGCGUGAACCGUGGUGCUGACAGACACGCACGUGAAUAUCUAUACAUUUGCGUGUGUUUGCAGCCACUGAGUCUGAUAGUUUGACAGGAUGGGGUGUAACAGUUUGUGCCACUGCGUAGUCAUAAACUAAAAGACUUAUAAACCAACGAGAUGUGAUGUGGCUUGUGAUGAACCUCUGAUUCUUAAAUGUAAUCAGAGAAACUUCCUGUUGUAGAAGCACUGCGUGAUGCACAUCACAUUGCAAUGAUGCAAGACUGCAGAGUCUUAUAGUAGCCUGAUAAAACAGCAUUAUAACUCACUAUCUUGGUAUUCCUCACACAUGGGAGCAGUGUAGACUGAGUCAUGCCAAUUCAAAGACAUUUGCUGUCACAUGAUUUGACAAUUGAGAUAUAGAUAGAAAAUGAUAAUUACAUUAUUUAGCAGAUUGGAGAAGCUUGAUGGAGACACAGAACAAUUACCAGAAGCUUCUCUGUAACAUGAGAGUUUUAUGCACGCACAUAUACAAAGCCAUUAAUGAAACAGGAAAUGGUUGGUUGUUGGUUUAGUAAAAAGUUGACACUCCAUAGCCGGAACUUUCUGCACAGCUCACACACCCGUGUCAAGAAAAAGUCACUUGUUGCUUAUUAACACUUAGAAAACGUGCUUCUGAACCAUAAUGGUGGCGUAUCAUCAGUGCAAACAUACAGUAUCAUUGCAUAUUCACUGAUGGUUACAUAUGUGUUGUGUACGUUUGGGAUUAAAUUUCGGUUUGUCAGUAAGUAGUUACUCUGAAGUAUUGUCACAUACACACAGCACAUCAUCGGGAGAGAAUGAGGAUAUCCGAAUACUUAAAGCUUGCACUGUUACAUAACAUGCUCAUGGCUGCAGCAUCUGUCCGAGUUCUCACUUUAUCAGUUUUAACAUUUUCAUUCAGAUGAAAAUAACUUCUUUCAGGAAAUACAACAAACUUGCCUUUUCUCCACUCUGCAGAGAUGGAGGUUUCCAUGCUGACUUGCACUUUUUUUCCCCAGUUUUUUAAGCGGUACUGGUUGUGGAAUUGCAUUAACAUGCCAUGUUUUAUUUUAUUUCCUUUUUAGAGAAAAUGGGAACACUUGUUACCAAAUUAUCCAGUUUGGAGGUUUGUUUUUGUUUUUUAAUGGAGGAUUUAAGGUUUGCGUGAGGAGUUGUUUAAUAACUGAGAGCUAAAGAAUGUUUUGACUUCUCAUUUUUAUUUUGCACCUGUAGUUUAUGCUGUACUGUAAGUUCUGGCUACACAUCUAGAUUAUAACAUGCCUGCGUCCUCUGCACUAGUCCCAAAGUAGGACCACGUUUGAGAAUCCUUCAAAAUUUUACAGUCUAGAACCUUUUAAAUAAUAGCCUGUUACAUUAGCUAAUAGUAAAGCCUUAAUCUGGCAAGAAUACAUAAUUACAGGAGAAAUUUAGAAAAAAUAAAAAGCCGCCUUACUUGGCAUAGAAAUGAUUGUCCGGAGACAUGAAUAAUGCAUGUUUGUCUUUAGUAUCGAGCCUGAUUAGAGGGUUAAAGUGCUGCUGCAUGUGCCGUGUGACUGCUCUUUCUGUAAGGCUGAGAUAAAUAUGAGGUUUUCUUUGCGAUGACAAUGUUGCCUUUUUUAGCUGAACUGAAUUAAAUUGCCAAAUUAUUAAAUUUAAGCAUCAGUUUUUUUUUUCUUUCAGCAAUGCCUUACACUUUAUAAUUUCACAGGGUCUAAAACAAUCAACGUUUUCAUUCUGGGUCCUUCAAGAGAAAUGUCAAUGCUUGUGCUCGAUGUAGGUCUGUGGGUCAAAUACGUCUUACCACUACUUACUGUUGAAUAUGUAUGGAAAUGUUACCCAAGCCCUAUACACAUGUCACUGUGUUGCUCUCAUGUCCGCAUUGAUUUGUAUUUUAAGCUCUUCUAAGUGCCCCAUGUUCUCUUUCACCUUCUGCUUUUAUUUAUUCAUAUAUAUAAUUUUUAUUUUAUUUUAUUUUAUUUUAUAAAGAAAUCUAAUCUCAGGUGAAAAGGGUACUUCACAUCAGAACACUCACCAGUUGCUUCUUCUUUUUUGAGCAUUUUAUUACUAUUAUUAUUAUUAUUAAUAUUAUUUAAUUUUUUUCUGCUUUGCAGCAGUCCUUUUUAAAUUUUCUGCUUUCCUUUUGGUUCCUCCCUUGUGCUCGGUGCAUUAAGAAGUGAUUUUGCACACAUGGACGGCUGCAGAGUGAAGUCAACUGUUGGAAAAGGUUUUCUGGAGAAAUCCUUUUAUAUUUUAAUGGGUUCCAAAAUAGGGUUGGUUGGCAGUGCAGUUAAAUUCGUCUCCCACAGUGGGAAAGAAGCAUUGCAAUAUUUGGACUUACUUGAAAUGUUUGUCGGAUGAUUAAUAAUGAAUGUGUUUAAGAGUUGGAGAGUAUGAAUUGUAUAUAACGAGAAAGUCAAAGUUAGUCCUUUUAAGCAGUGUUUUUGCAGGUGAGACAUUGCUGGCCAAUGAUGGAAGACAUCUUUUAAGUAAUGCAUUAUGCAAAAGCGCCUUUUGAUUUUUGUUUACUGCAUGUAAUAUUUUUAUUGUGUUUAGCAUUUUUAUUAAAAUGUACAUGAAGCACUAAUCAAACAUAACAGUCCCUGAACUCCCACUUGGAGAAGUGCAUGUCCUGAAGGUUUUAUACUGUUCAUUUAAUGUAACGAAUGUACAAAUAAAUCUUUGUGAACUGUAACCAAA